UCGCAAGUCUGUCAUGACGACGUCCGCUCUCCGGAAGUACAGUUCCGGAAGGGGCAGGCUCUCUGAAGAUGGCGGCUCUGGAGGUGUUGGAGUCAGACCUGCCAAAUGCUGUGGCACUUUUGAAAAACCUCCAGGAGCAGGUGAUGGCUGUCACAGCACAAGUGCAAACUCUGACCAAAAAAGUUCAGGCUAAAGUUUAUCGUACAGAGAAGGGUCUCAGCCUUUUGGAAGUAAAAGAUCAGCUGUUGCUCAUGUACCUUAUGGAUUUGAGCCAUCUCAUCCUGGACAAAGCCUCAGGAGGUUCUCUUCAGGGACAUCCUGCAGUUUUGAGACUGGUGGAGAUUCGCACGGUUUUGGAAAAGCUUCGUCCUUUGGACCAAAAAUUGAAGUAUCAGAUUGACAAACUGGUCAAGACUGCAGUGACAGGCAGCCUCAGUGAGAACGACCCACUCCGUUUUAAGCCUCGUCCCAGCAAUAUGAUGAGCAAGUUGAGCUCUGAGGAUGAGGAGGAAGAUGAAGCAGAAGAAGGCCAGUCUGGGGCUUCAGGGAAGAAAUCUGGAAAAGGAACAGCUAAGAAAUACGUCCCACCACGCUUGGUUCCAGUUCAUUAUGAUGAAACAGAAGCUGAGCGGGAGAAGAAGCGCCUAGAACGAGCCAAGAGACGGGCGUUGAGCAGCUCUGUCAUUCGUGAGCUAAAGGAGCAGUACUCAGAUGCUCCAGAGGAAAUCCGAGAUGCUCGGCAUCCUCAUGUUACUCGCCAGAGUCAGGAGGAUCAACACAGGAUUAACUAUGAGGAGAGCAUGAUGGUGCGUUUAAGUGUCAGCAAGCGGGAGAAAGGACGGCGAAAACGAGCAAAUGUCAUGAGCUCACAGCUUCAUUCCCUCACACACUUCAGUGACAUCAGUGCUCUGACAGGAGGAACCCCUCAUCUUAACGAGGAUCAAAAUCCUACUAAGAAGCGGAAGAAGAUACCUAAGAAAGGUCGGAAGAAGAAAGGUUUUCGGAGGCGGCGGUGAUUAUGGGUGUACAUACUUAAUUUAUUUUUGUCAUCCGGGAUACUUCUGAUUUCAUUGUAUGUAGGUUUUUUCUUUGGAAUUCAUUAAUCAUAUACUCUGGACAUGUGGAAAGAUCUUUAUUAAUAAAAUUGAUUUUACUUAACAAAUUCAA